GCUGAUUAAAUACAAUUAUGAUAGUAGCGAUAAGCAGUUAGGUCUGAAGGGCCGUUCAGUGGGAUUAAGUCUGAUUCUUUGGCAUGUGAGGAUUUAAUGUGUCUGAUUUCCUGCCAGCCCAUCUAUGGUCGUGAUUAGUUCUUCAUUCAGCUGUAAUGUUGAAGCAUGGCCACUGGGUAGCAGUGCUGCCCUGCUUCCCAGACAUUUGAGGCUGAGGUACUUAGAGGUCAUCUUUAUAGUGGAUUCAUUUGUAAAUGUACUUUGAUACAUAUGAUAAUAAAAAAGUACAGGCAUAUGUUAAUUAAUUUCCAAAAUAAAACUAAUUAAUGGCAAUAUUUUUAGAAGCAGGUGACUCUGUAUGUGAUGGAGAAAAAUAUGCCACAUUUUGAACAUAUACAUAUACAUUUCUACUUUUCUAUAUAUUGAUUAGUAGAUUUUUUGGUAACUAUAAUUUUCUUCUGAAGUAGGCCAUGGAGAUGAGAUCACUUCCGGCUGCCAUCUUUGUUAUUUGCAUUCUAAAUUAAGUGGAGAGAUUGCCUUAGUAAAAUAUUGUUUUUAUUGUUGGGAAAUGGGAUAUGCCCUUGUUCGAAAGACAGAGAAUCUGGGAAAUGUAGCUUUUGAAAAAUUACCAAAAGCAUUGAGUGUUUUAAUAUAACUUGCGUGGUUUGGCUUAUAGUUACCAACGCUAUGCGACUCAUGGACUCUUUAGGCUAACGUCAGUUAAUGCUAGCUAACGUAGCUACGUGGGAUCAUGCUGGCUAACGUCAACUACGAUCUACUAACUACACGAGACUUUACGCAUUGAUUGCAAUUGAUAGCUAGUUUAUCUACAUCAACAAGCUGGAUUGAUUUUUCUUCCGUACAUUUAUGGUUAGGUGUCAUUGUUACUGCCCUUCGCUUGAUAUUUAACAUUGAGUUGUGUUAAAGCCUAUUGCUGUUUGACACUCAGUGCUGUUAAUUUGUUGUGAAGUAGAAAACAAAUCAAAAAGAAAAAUCGUUGUUUAACAUUAUUUAUUUAUCUUGCUGAUACCGACUGGCAAGUGGUUUCUGUGAGAUGUUUCAUGGAUGUGGUAACGACCGAGUAACGGAUUACUCUAACGGAGUACGGGUGCAUCUGUCGCUGCUCGGGCGGGGUAGCUGCAGUGGGCAGUUCUGUGUUAUACUCGUUCCGGGGUUGGAAGCACUGAGCUCCGUACGCUUUCUGUCCGUGAGACACACACGAGUGAUGCACGAACAGCCAACACCAUCCUUCACAAAUCCCGAAAGGAGUUGACUUGAUCGGCAUAUGUUCUCCAGGUCAUCGCCUGGAGCAAACAGUAGAGCUGCUCUGCCUACCUACAGAUAUCAGGUCAAACCGAUAACAAUGCAUGGCCAGUAAGCGGCCAGUCAUGGCUCAUAGGAAGAGGCCGGGGACCAGCGGAGUGAACGGAAUGGCUGCCCCAGGCCCCGCCUCCUGCCCCACUCCUCGUCCUACGGAGUCAUGUGAUCUUAAAGCCAUCCCCCCUCGCCAACGCCCGGUCCGCUACCCCAAAGAGCCUCGUGAUCAGAAACCUCUCCCCCGUUCCUGUAAGGCACAAUACGCUUCUCCCAAAUCUCAAGACAUUGGUCACACCCAUCUAGAAGUGAAUGAGAACGCAGAGGUGGAAGUGAAGCUGUACAGCAAUCCAGCAGAUGCAGAACCAGAGAACCAGCGGCCAGCAACACCCACUACGCCAGAGCAUGAGCGUGUACCAGAUGAUCAUGUGCGGGCGGACUUCCAUGGUGGAGCUGACAGCCUGGAUGAUGACUCCAGCUCUGACUAUAUCAACAACACCUCAGAUGAAGAGGAAGACUACAAUGAUGGGCUGGCAGAGGAAGAUGAAGGUGUGACUUACUACAUCCGCUACUGCCCGGAGGACGACAGCUACCUGGAGGGUAUGAAUUGCAACAACCAGGGGGAGUGUAACCACAACCACAGCCAGAGCCAGGGGGACGGUGUCACUCCCAUGCAGGAAGGGGAAGUCCACACUGAAGAGCAUCAGGAGGCUGUGGAAGGGUGGGUCGAGGAGGGAGAGGGGCCAGCGGAAGUGAGAGCAGUAGAAUGGGUGGAAGAUGAGGAGGGAGAGGGGGCAGCAAGGGAGGAGUGGAGAGAGGGAGACGAGGAGGCGAGGGAGGAGUGGAGAGAGGGAGAUGAGGAGGCCAGGGAGGAGUGGAUAGAGGAGGGCCAGGUCAGGCAGGAGGCUUGGGCGGGUCCAGAGAGGCACCUGGGGGAGGAGUGGGUUGAGGGAGAUGGGGAGGUUCGCUGCGAGGUGGUGGAGCAAGAUCCAGAUGAGCAGAUCUACAAUGGAAGACCAGAACCCAUUCUGGACCAUCACCAUAAUAACCAUCACCACCACCAGCCCCCCCUAACAGACACCCUGCAUGACAGAGAGGAAGAGGAGGAGGCAGAGAGUGAGGAGUACUGCCCUAAUCAGGAAGAAGAUGAGGAGGGGGACGAGGAGGACAGACAUGGCAGGGCCUACACUGGAGACUACUAUGCCCAAGAGGACAAUGGGAACUCGGUGCGAGCCUCUCCGUACCGUAGCCGUAAGGUUCUGGUGGUGGAGGGGGAGACGGGGGAGGAGGCGGAGGAGGACAUUGACCAAAUAGUUGCCGAGAUCAAGAUGAGUAUGAGCAUGGGGAGUCUGAGCAGCGGCACGGACCAAAGCCCGGAGGAGCUGGCGCAGGACCCCGCACCGAGCGACUACCCUCUCCCCAAGCCUGACGCUACCCCCUACCCACCAGCUCCCCAUCGCCAUGACAGCAGACCCAAGUCCCUGAACCUGCCCUCCAUGCACCACAACACCCCCGACCUCCAGAGGGGCAUCAAGGCACACACACGCUCCACUGAAGACAGGCAGAGAUGGCAAGCAGAGCAGGUGAGCAAUGGUGCGGAGCAGCCCAGGAAACAGCAGCGCUCCGACCUCAAUGUUCCCCUGGAGAACAACAAUGUACCAGAGCCAACAAAGAAGGUUGCCUCGUUCCCCAGCUUUGUCGAUGUCCCAGGACCCUGUGAACCAGAAGACCUGAUUGAUGGAAUUAUCUUUGCUGCUAACUACCUGGGCUCCACCCAGCUGCUGUCUGAGAGGAACCCGUCCAAGAACAUACGCAUGAUGCAGGCCCAGGAAGCUGUCAGCAGGGUCAAGAGGGUACAGAAGGCUGCAAAAAUCAAGAAAAAGGCGAGUGCAGACGGAGAUGCUCAAACCCUCACCGAGGUUGAUCUGUUCAUCUCCACCCAGAGGAUCAAAGUGCUCAACGCAGACUCACAGGAAACGAUGAUGGACAACGCGCUCCGAACUAUAUCCUACAUUGCCGAUAUUGGGAACAUCGUGGUCCUGAUGGCGAGGCGCCGCAUGCCACGCACAGCCUCCCAGGACUGCAUCGAAAGCACACCCGGGGCACCAGAGGCAAAGAAGCAGUACAAGAUGAUUUGCCAUGUCUUUGAGUCUGAAGAUGCCCAGCUCAUCGCUCAGUCCAUCGGCCAGGCGUUCAGCGUCGCUUACCAGGAGUUCCUGAGAGCAAAUGGCAUCAACCCCGAGGACCUCAGUCAGAAGGAGUACAGCGACAUCAUCAACACACAGGAGAUGUACAACGACGACCUCAUCCACUUCUCCAACUCUGAAAACUGCAAAGAGCUGCUGCUUGAGAAGAGCAAAGGGGAGAUCCUGGGUGUGGUGAUAGUGGAGUCCGGCUGGGGAUCCAUCCUGCCCACUGUUAUUUUGGCCAACAUGAUGAACGGCGGGCCAGCAGCGCGCUCCGGCAAGCUGAGCAUCGGAGACCAGAUCAUGUCCAUCAACAACACCAGCCUAGUGGGGCUGCCCCUCGCCACCUGUCAGGGAAUCAUUAAGGGCUUGAAGAACCAGGUGCAGGUGAAGAUGAAUAUCGUCAGUUGCCCUCCUGUUACCACCGUCCUCAUCAAGAGGCCGGAUCUGAAGUAUCAGCUGGGCUUCAGCGUGCAGAACGGCAUUAUCUGCAGUCUGAUGCGAGGUGGCAUUGCUGAGCGGGGAGGGGUCCGUGUGGGUCACAGGAUCAUAGAGAUCAACGGGCAGAGUGUGGUGGCCACUGCACACGAGAAGAUUGUCCAGGCCCUCUCCAACUCUGUCGGCGAGAUUCACAUGAAGACCAUGCCGGCGGCCAUGUUCAGACUCCUCACAGGACAGGAGACACCAAUGUACAUAUAGACGAUGUCCAGGGACUGUCCCACAAGGUUAAGGGAAAAACCAAGCUGACCAGUGAGCGGGGGAGGAGGCUUCUCCCUGACAAUUCAUUCAUCUCCUUUUUUCUUUGAGCUGAUGACUUCAGUUCUUCAUCAUCCCUCCUCCUGUCUGUGCUUAACAUCAAAUGCCCAUUUUAUUGAUAUGAGAUGCUUUUUCAUCCGACCAGCUGAAGAGUGUGUGUGUGUACGUGUGUGUGUGUGUUAUUUAUUUGUCCUGUCUUUGCUUUUCCGUGUAACUUCAGUGAGAUCGUGCGGGCGGACUUAUCGAGCGAAUGCGUCACAAUUUAUUUUUCUAUAUUCAUGUAAUGCAAUAUGAUACUUCUGCUAUACUUCUUGUAUAGUUUCAUUUUCUUCUCUGUUUAUUUAUUUAUCAUGUAAAUACAUAUUUUGCUAAUAUUGCAAGGGGAGGUGUCGGAGGAUUGUAAAUAUUAAUUGAAUCUGGCUGUUGAAUAAAAAUGGACCGAGAUGAUGGCACAAUGAAAUGCCGGAUAUCAAAGAAGUCGCCAGAGAAAAGGGGAAUGUGUUUUGAAAUGUCGGGUUUAAAUAUGCUACGUUGAUGUACAUGUGAAUCAAACCAAUGCUCGCAGCAGGGGUUUAUGGGAGAAAUGCCAUAUCCUUUUGAUUUUCUUCAUUUUACGGCAAUACACGAGUUCAACCUCUGAAGACUUUUCUAAAAUCUCAUGUACAAACACUCACACACAUUUAAAUAACACACAACCAAGUAAAACUAUUAACAUGCAUCAAGUGUGCUUUUGAUAUCAAAGUCACAUGUAUGAAAAAUGAGGUUUAUUUUGUGUGCUACUGUACGUUCAUCUUUAGUGUUCCUGACUGACACUCAUGCAUACUGAGUGGAUUGUGAAUGUAACUGUGCUGUGUGAGCUGUCCCAUUGCCAUAAGCAGUAUUAGAAUGUGUGUACAUAAAGAGAAACUUGUCUAGUAUUGUGCUCAUUUAAAAAAAAAGAAAACACACACAGGUUUAGUCACGGCAAAGCUUUCCCCACCUGUAUGUUGACUUUCUGUCCUGAGAGAGAGAGAGAACUCUGAAUCACACACUGUGACGGAAAUGAGCCUUACCGCUGGGUAAAGGUUUACAAUGCAUUGUAGUAAAUUUGAACCAUAUGAACAUUAUCUGUGUGCAUGCCUCGUAGUAGUAGUUUCAUGUCAUUGUGGCAAGAUAAUAAAAUCUGAGUUAAACCUGGCUGGUUUUGUUGGACU